AUGCUGCAGCUCGAGGCUAAUCUUCAAGUCCACAGGGAUUCCGUUGAACGAAUUGGGUAAGCCGUAAUGACAUGCGUUGAUAAAAGAAAGGUCAAUUUUAUUGUAUUAUAAUAUCGUUGUAGGAAGGAAAUUGCGGCCCUUCGAGGACUCCCUUCGAUCCGAGAGAAUGGCCAUGAACUCUUGUUGUACUCGAAUAUUAGACAAUACAGUAGCUACUUCCUCAAAGUAAGCAUCUUUUUUAUUGUUUAUGUCAUCACGGAACUCAAAACGGCCUCUUUAGAAGUACUUCCUUUUUGUUGACUUAUCUUAAUAGUUAAUUAAUUGCAGAAAGUUUUCUAUUCUUACGAUAUCCUUUAAUCUUGCAUAAUAUUUGAGCUUUACUGGAAAAAAAUUAAAACACAAUCUCCGAGAUAGCCGUGAUGACGUAACAACCAGUGUCCCCGAUCUAAAUUUAUAUUCAAGGAGACGAAACAAGAUUGGGUGGUCGAAAGAACGGCCGAAGUCGAGGAAACGGACCGUUCUCAUGUCAUUUCUUGGGCCAAGAUCCGUCAUUUACUUUGUGGCUAG